AUGCGGUCCAUCCGCGAGGUCCUCGCGGCGGACCGCGACCGUGGCCUGCUUGCCCAGCCGAACAAGGGGAAGGUCAUGGCGUGCGUCUCGGCGGACCGCGCCAGUUCACAUGUCAUGCGGAGUGGGGCCUACACUCACUUCGCGGACUGGCGCUUUGUUCACCGGGCGCGCCUCAACCUACUUUCUUUGAACGGCGCCGCCAUGGGCCCUCCGGAGCGCGACCAGCGAUGCCGGACCUGCGGUUACCAGCGGGAGACCCUGCCGCACCUGCUGGGCCACUGUAUGGCAAGGAGCGCCUUGUACACGGCUCGGCACAACGCCGUGGUCGCCCGUAUCCGUACCGCAGCGUCGCGGAACUUCAGCAUCGCCUUCGAGAACCGGCCUGUUGGCGACACCGGACUACGGCCCCACCUUGUCCUCGUUCGCGGUAAAGAGGCCAUCGUACUGGAUGUGGCGGGUCCGUUCGAAAACACGCGCAAGGCUUUCACUAACACGAGGAACGACAAGGUCUCCCGUUAUGAGCUAGUCGCCGCCUACCUCCGCCGACGCUACCAGCGGGUUUUGGUGGCAGCCGUCAUCGUCGGCGCGUUGGGCGCGUGGGACCCCGACAAUGACCGCGUCCUGCGCCGACUCUGCUCCCGACCCUACCUGCGGCUGUUCAAGAAGACCUGCGUCAGCGAAGUGCUGGCGGCGUCGCGGAACAUUUAUCAUGUUCAUGUGCGCGGCGGCCGACCCUAA